UCAUUAGUCUCUCUUUCAAUCUCAUUAUUUGCCUUUUCGAUAUUUUUCCUUCUUCCUUUUUUUCGCAGUCGUAUAAUUUUCUUCCUCUGUCUCACCUAAUAUCAUCCUCAUCCUCACCAUCAUUUGUCUCACAUCACCUUCCUCUGUCUACCUAUUCAGUCUCUUGCCUUCCAUCAUCACCAUCAUCAUCAUCCUUAUCAUCAUCCAACGAAAACAACAUCUUCCUUCAUUCUUCUAAUAAUUUCACCAAUCUAGUGUUGUAUUUGUUUGUUUGUUGUCGUUGUUGUUUCGGCUUACAUCUUUCCUUGUUAACUGCUUGUUUUUGUUUUCCUUUUUAUUGUUAAAUUCAACCAAAUUGUGAUUCCAUUAUUUUGAUGAACCUCAUUUUAAUCAACUUAACCCUUCAUCUUCUUCCACAUCAUCUCCAUCAUCGUAUGUAAAACUCAAUAAUGGAUGAAAAGGGUGAGACCAUGAUGAUGGAUCUUUCCAAGGAGGAAGAUAAAGAAGGAUCUAGUAAAAAUAUGUAUCUGUAUGGCGAAGAGCCCAAUGAACGGCCAGCAGUGUCAACCAUCUUAUCCAAAUUAGCCAAUUAUAAUUAUCUACCCUUGACAACCAAAGAAGGCGAUCCCAAUGGUACACCAAAGGGAGGUGGCGGUGGCGGUGGUGGAGCUCAAUUAGGUACCAUAGCUGGUGUCUAUUUACCAUGUAUUCAAAAUAUUUUCGGUGUUAUCCUGUUUAUCAGAAUGGUCUGGAUUGUGGGAACUGCCGGUGUUCCAGCAGCUUUUCUCAUUGUUUUCAUCUGUUGUUCAGUCACCUUUUGUACCUCAAUCUCCCUUUCAGCCAUAGCAACCAAUGGUAUCGUGCCCGCUGGUGGUUCCUACUUUAUGAUCUCCCGUGCCCUGGGUCCUGAAUUUGGUGGAGCUGUGGGUGUUUUAUUCUUCCUUGCCACCGGUGUUGCUGGAGCCAUGUACAUUGCUGGUGCCAUUGAGAUUAUACUUAAAUACAUUACACCCGAAUUAGCUCUUUUCGGUGAUCUCAAUGAGCAAUCCGUUUUAUAUCAUAAUAUAAGAUUUUAUGGGACAAUGAUAUUGAUUGUUUCGGUAAUCAUUGUUUUCAUUGGGGUUAAAUUUGUAUCUAAAGUGGCACCCUUUGCUUUAGCUGUUUGUUUGUUGUCCAUUUUUUCCAUCUAUUUUGGAGUCUUCAUCAACUAUAAUGGUACUCCUGACACUUUUUGCAUGGUUGGGUCAAGGAUAAUGUCCAAUACAGGGUACAAAAAUUGCAAUAAAAACUCUUCCGAUCCGGAUUCCAUUUGGCAUGUUUUCUGUGUUUUCCACAAUCAAAGUGUAACCGAACCAGAUCAGGUAAAGGUUGGCCCUGGAUUGUACAAUAGACGUUUAGAUAUACGGUUACAGCAUCGAUCUGAAAUUGAUGGUACCAUGAUUGAGCCCCAUUGGGAUUGUGAUCCAUAUUUUAAGAAUCAUGAAGUUAAAUUGGCUCGUUCAGUUCCCGGUAUUGCUUCUGGAGUAAUCAAAGAAAAUCUUGCCCUCCGUUUCAGGGAGAAAGGUGAUGUUGUUACCAUGGAUCCUGACGCUCGUUAUCCACCGGAAUUGCCACCUUAUUCAAAUAUAUUUGUUGAUUUAACGACAUCGUUUACAUUUUUUGUGGCCGUUUACUUUCCUUCUUGUACUGGAAUCUUAGCUGGUUCCAAUCGUUCAGGUGAUUUGGCUGAUGGUCAAAAAUCAAUCCCAGUAGGAACCAUUGCUGCUCAACUGACAACCUCUUUUGUUUACCUUUCCUCGGUUGUACUCUUUGGAGCUUGUUUCAAUAAUUUGUUUAUUCGUGAUAAAUUUGGAGAUUGUGCUGGAGGCCAACUGGCUGUUACCCUGGUUGCUUGGCCUUAUCCAAAGUUAAUUGUUUUCGGAGCCCUUUUCUCAACCCUUGGAGCAGCCCUUCAAUCCCUUACUUCAGCACCUCGUCUCAUUCAGGCCAUUGCCAAUGAUGGAAUCAUUCCCUUUCUCAACAGGUUUGCCGUCAUGGAUUCCCGAGGUGAACCUGUUCGUGCCCUCAUGUUAACAACUGUAAUCGCCUGGGCAGCACUUCUUAUUGGUAAUUUGGACUUUAUAGCACCCAUUUUGACAAUGUUUUUCUUAAUGUGUUAUAUGUUUGUCAACCUUGCUUGCACCCUUCAAUCACUUCUUAAAACACCAAAUUGGAGGCCAAGGUUCAAAUAUUAUCAUUGGUCAUUAUCAAUGACAGGAGUUUUCCUGUGUUUAUUUGUUAUGUUUAUUUCAUCUUGGUAUUAUGCUUUAUCAGCAAUAAUUAUAGCUGGUUGUGUAUAUAAAUAUAUUGAAUAUCGAGGAGCUGAAAAGGAGUGGGGCGAUGGUUUCAGGGGUUUAGCCCUUUCAGCGGCCAGAUAUUCAUUGUUAAGGUUGGAGGAUGCUCCACCACACACCAAAAAUUGGCGACCUCAGAUAAUGGUUUUGUUGAAAUUAUCUGGUGGUGAUGAGUUGAUCAUCAAGAAACGUAAUCUAUUAACUUUUGUGGCUCAAUUAAAGGCUGGUAAAGGUUUAACCCUGGUCUGUACCUGUAUAGAUGGAAAUACAAAUUCAAUUGAAGCUCAGGCAAGAGCUUCAGCUGCCAAACAAACAAUUGUUAAAGCAAUGAACGAGGAAAAGGUUAAAGGUUUUGUUAAUGUACUAAUUACAAAUAAUGUUGCUGAUGGUCUAUCAUAUUACAUUCAAUCAGCUGGUUUAGGUGGAUUAAAGCAUAAUACAGUACUUCUUGGUUGGCCUCAUGGUUGGAGACAAUCGAUGAACAGUAGUAAAGUGGAUGUCUUCUUGCAAACAAUUAGAAAUGUGACUGCCUCUAAAAAUGCUUUACUUAUUCCAAAAGGAGUUGAUCAAUGGCCAGAGACAACUUCACCAGGUUUAACUGGAUUUAUUGAUGUUUGGUGGAUAGUCCAUGAUGGUGGAAUGCUCAUGUUACUGCCCUUCUUAUUGAAACAGAACAAAGUUUGGAAAAAUUGUAAACUACGGGUAUUUACUGUUGCCCAAAUGCAAGAUAAUUCAAUACAAAUGAAGAAAGACCUUAAAGCUUGGUUAUACGCUAUCCGUAUUGAAGCCUCUGUUGAGGUAAUUGAAUUUAACGACACCGAUAUUUCUCAAUAUACCUAUGAACGUACCCUUCGAAUGGAACAGCGUACCGAAAUGUUACGCCAAAUGGCCAGAGCUGCUGCUGAAGCCAAUUCAGGUUCAUCUUCAAAUGUAACUGGUGGAACAGUGGCCAAGGCAGUUCGUUUUGCUACCAGACGUAAAUCAUCAACUACUUCCAAUCCAACCACCUCUGAUCCGUCUUCCCCACCUUCAACUACAACCACUUUUGGUCCCACUGCCACGGUUGUCGAUAUUAUACCAUCACAACCAGUUUUUACCGUUUCCCAGGCUACACCUCCAGGGUCGCCGGAAAGGAAACACAAAAAUAUAUUGGAUAAUGUGCCAAAUCAAGAUGAAAAUGCUCCUCCACCUUUGGAAACAAAUAAACUCCUAAACCUUAAACCUGAUGAAAAUAAUGUUCGCCGGAUGAACACUGCUGUUAAAUUAAAUGAAGCCAUUGUGGACAAAAGUCAUUCAGCGAAGCUCAUUUUCAUCAAUCUACCAGGACUGCCAAGAGAUAUUGCCCAUGGAAGAGGUUCAACUGAAUCAGCUCACCAUUAUAUGGAAUUUUUGGAAGCUUUGACAGAAGGCUUGGAUCGAGUAGUUCUAGUCAGAGGCGGUGGCCGUGAAGUAAUCACAAUUUACUCUUAACCCAAGAAAAGAUUAUUAUUAUUAUAUUAUAUUAUGUUAUUUAUUGCAAGGCAAACCAAACCAAAAAUCAAAAGAGGAUAAAAAAUUUAACAAAAGUGAUUGUAAAAAGAUGAUCGUGAUGCGGCUAAACGAGAUGAAGGGGAAAAGCUAAGGUGCAUUUGGUUCACGUAAAAGUAAAGUGGACACUUCGAUUCUGACUAAGCCUGCAAUAAAAUCGAGAGCUCAUCUAACGUUCAUCACAAUUAUUACUAUCAUUAUUAUAUCCUGUUAAAUCUCUUUCAUUUCGAUCUCAUCACAACCCUUUCUUACUAUUCUAUCCUCCAAAAUUGUUUUCUUCAUUUUUCAUCAUCAUCAUGGACUCUCUUCUCUCUCUUUCUUUCCAAGUCAUACUCAAUGAUGACCAGCGAACACUGAUUUAGAUAUAUUAAUCAUCAAAUUUAGCCAACUGAUCAUCUUGUAGUGAUUAAAUUUAAUUGAUUCAAAAACAAAAACCAAAAAUUGGAAUUGCAACCUAAAAUGAAAUGCUUUUUCAUAAAAAAAAUCUCAUCAAACUAAACUUCAAAAAUGAAAUCUCAUUGCAAAAAUGGAUGAUAAUUCUGGACAGAACUUUUUUUUCAAAUCUUACAAUUUGGAACUCAUUUGAUCACAAGCAAGCAAAUACACUAAACACUAAAGAAACUACCAUCAAACACUUUUACCUAAUCAAUCAACUCAUUUUGCUUCUACUGAUUAAAUACGCUCAAAUCAAAAACAUUUAAUGCCAUUUCUUUCGUUCCUCUGUUUCAUGAACGAUUGAAGAUAAACUAUGUAACAAAAAAGACUAAAUAAUUAAUUGGAAUAAGAGAAAGAGACAAAAAACAUUGAUUAGUUGAUCAAAAAAAAUUGUUGCACAAUUAAAGUUUAAAUAGUUGAAACCUAAA